AUGCACUUCACCGCCGCCGUCAGCACCCUCUUCGCCGCCUCGGCUCUUGCUGCCCCCGCUCAGCCCCGUGCUGAGACCAAGUCCAUGAUGGCAGCAGCAGAGUGGACCAUUGAGUCGCUCAAGCGCACUUGCGACUCUGGCGACACUCUUUGCAGCUGGGAAUUCGGCAUUAACACUGGAGCCGUGACGGCUUGCAGCUUCAGCGUUUCCGGCAGCCCUGCCAGUCACACCGACCUUGUGUCGGCCGCCACGUGCGGCGAUUUCUCCGUCACCACGGGCUGGAGCGACCAGUUUGGUGCUGACAAUGGCUUCACCACCCUGGCUGUCGUUGACAAUGUCAACCGGCUGAUUGUCUACCCGGCCUACACCGACAAGCAGCUGGUGAAUGGCGUGGUCGUUGUGCCAAACCAGAGCUACACUCCCCAGGCACUGCCUUAG